AUGCGGAGGUGUCAACAGUGCCGAUGUUCGCUUGAAAAUGAGUUUCUCAGUGCACCAGUUUUAGGCGAAUCCUAUGUACUUCUUCCUACUGCGAGCGCUUCCCAGAGCAUGUUAUUGCUACAGAAGCAGCCAACUAAUUCAAUGGCACCACUAGAGAUGGGCGAAUCUGGAGUAUUUGGAGAAGACUUAUAUGCCAGUGCACGUUACAAUUUAUCGUUACAGCAGCAGUAUCAAUAUGAGCAACAACGCCAGCAAGUUCAACGAAGGCAGAAAUUACAACAUCGGCAACGACUUCAGCAGCAGCGAAUGAAAGAUAGCUUUACUGCAUCGGACAGGUACUUCAAGACUCGUGCAGAUCUUGCUAGUCGUGAUGAGGAGGAAACAGAGAUGGAAGACAGUAUGGUGGCUGUACCCACAUAUGCGGACUUAAGCCAUCAAGUCCGUCUACUUACAACACAGCAAGCCCAUUGUGCGGGAAUGCCAAUAACGACACCAGUUUGCAAGGAGUGUAUGGAUAGUAUGAUCACAAUGAUUGACGGGCAGGCUGAGCGUGCUCGUUAUGAAAAGCGCUGUGUCACAGGAUUCUUGCACAAUACCACGAGCACAAGUGUAAACGACGAUGUAAUCGAGCUGGUGAACGACAAAAUUCGCUUUUAUGAGAAUGAAUCGGCAGAGCUCCAGCAGAAUCUGAAGUUGAUGGAGAGUGAACGCAAGCUUUUAGCACAACAGCUAGAAGCAAUGGGCGAAGUGGAAAAGGCCCUUAUCUAUGAGGAAGCAGGACUUUGGGACCAGUUUAAUCAGCUGCAACUGCAAGAAUCCAUAUUUCAGGAAAUUCGUGAUGCAGGCAUGGCUCAAAUCGAUGCAAUGGAACGGAAAGUAACGUCGGCCAAGCAUCUGAAUAUUCUUUCGGACAUGUUUGUUAUUGGUCAUGACGGUGCAUUCGGAACAAUCAAUCGAUUUCGAAUGGGUCAGUCUGCAUCUUUGACGCUGGAAUGGAACGAAAUCAAUGCAGCGUUUGGGGAGUGUGCGUUACUGUUGCAAACGUUAGCAAAUUUAGUCGGCUUGGAAUUUACGGACUAUAAGAUUAUACCACUGGGUAGCUUCUCCAAAAUCAUUCGAACAAGCAGUCUCCGAAUGGAAUAUUGCCUACAUGGUUCAGAUCAGCAAAACUUCGCUGAGUCUCAUUUCAACUUAGGCUUAGGCGCUUGGAUAACGUGUCUCAGCCAGCUUAUGACAUUCGUGCGGGCCCGAGAUCCGUCCAUCCGACUGCCUUACAAGGUCGUAGAGCACUCUAUUGGUGGGCACUCUAUCAUUUUCUUGAAGAACAAGCACAAGGACUGGACGAAAGCGCUGAAAUAUGCACUCACAAACCUUAAGUGGUUGCUCACUUGGGUAUCUGCUCGUGGAUUUAAUAUUUCAACGUCCUUUGCGGUCGCCACUACUGCUCAAAGUAAAGCUGCUCUUGCUUUUGCUGCAAAUCCCCCUGUGAUGCGUACCAAUGAUUCGAAGCAGAGCAUUGUGAUUAUGGAGCAUUUCACGUAA